UCGCGCCACACGCGCAAUUCGACAUGGUCAACUGUACUUACAUUAUGUACAGUGCAUUUACCGAACGACCGCCGAGCUUUGCCUUGUUUACUCCAUAAAAAAAAACCUCGCCGCGCUGACACCUGCGAGUUCGCGCGUUAAUUUUGACAUUUACUUUUUUAAUUAUACCACAGAGGUUCAUCUAAACAGGUUUCGUGUACGAAAGUGAAUUAACAUUUUUCUUAUAACGUGCUGUGAGAGUGAAUGUGAAACUUACCUAUGUGUUGCGUAAGAUUUGUUAUUUUCGGUGAUCGAUGGAUUUUAGUUUUAAUUAAUUGCGUAUAAUUACCGUUCAAGUUAUCCGGCUUACAGUAAAUUAUUGCUUAAUUUGUGUAUGCAAAAUUCACGCACACAUGCCAACGUUUACGACUAGCAACAGAAUAACAUUUAAAAAUGAACAUGUGAAUAAAAGUGACCGCUUUUUACCAUACAUAACUUAGUUAACAUGAAAACAACGUCUUUAUUAAUGCGGAAUUUGAUUAAUUGUUAAGCCGGCAAUUAGCUAUGUGAACAGCGACUUGGUUACAUAUUUGAUGCUACAAUUGCGCAAUCCAUUGUCUCUUUUGAGAAUACGGAUGUUACCAAAUUAGCCUCGUUUCUAAUUAUAAAAAAAUCUAACAUUUGUGCGUUCGUAUUCGCGCAGCAAAGAUCGAUCUGGAGCACGUUAAAUGACGAACAAGGAGAAAAAUGGAAAGAUGGCCAGCGAACGCUCCAGCGAUAGCUGCAACGCUAUCGCCAGGAUAUUGAAGGACUUCUGCAGCUGCAAGGAGAACGCAGCCUGGUCCCCGGAUAUGACGUCGGAUAGAAAGGGGCCAUUUUUGAAAAGCGAACUGACAAACAUGUCAGCCAUGCGCAGGCGCAUAAUGUCGAUUGCGAAACGAAAGAAUCGGAACGUCUCCCCGGAACCGAAGAUCAGCUGCAACAAUACGAUCGACAAUAAGUCGACUUUGACCUCAAACCUCAUUAAUACGGUCAGCUCGCAAAACAGUACAAUAAGGAGGAACAUCGACAAUUUCCUCAUUUCGCGACGAAUGGUCGCCCUCGAUGAAGACAUAUACGAGAAGCCGAUUCAAGUGAAGCAUUCCACGUGCGGCGACAACUGGUCACUCAGCAAAGCGUGGAGGAAUAACAACUUGGAUUUCUUCAAUCGAUCGCCGACUUUAGAAUCGAAUCGGUUAAUCGAAAGGACCAACACUUUGGAGAGGAUAGACGAAGUGCCGAGACGAAAGAAGCGAGACAAAAAGCAAAGAGAACAAAUGCGAUAUGAUCGGAAUAUCAAACGUCAUUUAAGGAUACGAGUGAUGCUAUCAUUAAGGAUGAGGAGGUAUGUAAAGAAGAGGUUAAGGAAACAACCCUUGCUGGUUUCAACACAAAACGUAAACGUUCCUCCGAGACAAUUCCCCCGAGGUGCACCAACCACGUCUAGUUUUGGUACGAGAUCGUACCGCAGUGUACUGACUGAUAAGAAUAGUGAUGGGACAGUGUUGUUCGAUAUACACGAAGCGAGAAAUUCGACAUUAGAGCUGUGCCACGACUACGAAGAUGACCUCGACACAUUGGAUGUUGCAUUACGCGCCGGUAAUUUUAGGAGCGGUCGGCUAGCUGUCGAGGGCUGGUGGUGCGGGCGAGCUAUGGCGGGCGGGCGCGCCAACAACGGAGCCCUGGCGCUGCACUACGCGGCGGCGCGCGGCUGUCUGGACUGUGUGCGGCUCCUCGCCAACACCACGCCUGAUGUCUCUGCCAACACUGCGAUGGACAAUGACGUGACGCCGGUGUACCUCGCCGCGCAAGAAGGCCAUCUAGCUGUCCUCAAGUACUUGGUGCUAGAAGCUGGGGGAAGACUCGACGCGCGCGCCCGGGAUGGCAUGCUACCCAUACACGCAGCAGCGCAGACCGGCUGCUUGGACUGCGUCAAGUGGAUGAUAGUGGAACGAGGGGUAGACCCCAAUGCAAGGGAUGGAGAUGGGGCAACACCACUCCACUUCGCUGCGUCAAGAGGACAUCUCUCCACUGUCCGAUGGCUACUGCGUCAUGGAGCCAGGCUUCACCUGGACAGACAUGGCAAGAGCCCCAUCAAUGACGCUGCGGAGAACCAUCACUUAGAAUGUUUGAACGUGCUGGUAGCGGCGGGAGCGGCCGGGGCAGACAACAAGCAGCUCGCCACCUACAAGGCUAUACACUCGUGCGCUUGCGCGCCCGGCGACGCAAGAUGCGCCUUACCGAACUGCAUAAAUGUAAAUGGGAACCGUUCGCCGUUCUACUUGCACGCCCCAGAUAGACUCAGUUCCACCCACGAGCGCCGGGGGUCUCUGUCAUCCACCGUGGGGUCGAUCAGCUCUGCGCGUUCGGGGCCAGCUGAUGGGUUAUACGUCAACCCAAUGCAGAGGACAUCGGCCAGUGUUACCCAUCACAGCUCAUCGGGGGAAGAAAGUUCUGCAUGUUCAGCAUCAGAAACAGAAACAACCAACACAGGCGGCUGGUUCCUCCACAACGGCAACUCGAACGCGCCGGCGGCCUUGUACCAACGGGUCAGAGACCUGUUUCACUCGCGCUCCCCCGGCCCGAGGGUCCCGGCUGAGGGCCAGGAGGCUCCUACGAUGACAGUAAAGGCAGAGGUCCACGGCACCACAGAAAUCACCCAGGAGAACUCUGACAGUGACAGCGGGGCAGAGGCGACGCGCCGCGACCAUCACUACGAGGAUAUCUACCUGCCGAGGGAAGAGCAUCAGAGGAGGAGAAGCAGUUCGCGCGACUCUGGGAGCCACAGUCGGCCCGGCAGCGCCGCGCUGGUGGUCGACUACGGCGUCAAGGAACACCAUGAAACGUCAAGCAAGGCAUACGAAGAGGUGACCCCGCCGCCGUCGGAAACACAGACGAAGUCCACGAUAGCAACCAAGUUCGCGGCCCUUACACAUAAAGCACAGAACUUUGCCAGCCGCAUAUCGUCAGCGGCCGGCAGUCGGCGAGCAUCAGUCACAGAGGAGGCAGUGGUGGUGCAAGCCUCUGCAUCAUCAGGCGUCUCCUCCAUCGGCUCCUCAGCAUCAGGCGGCAGUUCAGGGGACGAGGCACCGCCACCGCCGCCUCUGCCACCCCCGCCUGUGGUGUUAGAGGAACCUGCGUUGAAGCCAUCUGAAUUAAAAAGUAGGCUCGCGGGGAGACGCGGCUCGGAGGCGGCAGACGACGAGCGGCCGCGGGCACCCAACCUCGUGAACAAGCAGCCGGCGCUCCCCUUCGUGCCGCCCGCCUUCCCGCACAACGCGCCCGACCGCCUCAUCAAACCUUCGGAGUACUUGAAGACCAUCACGGCGCCGUGCAAGCGCGACGACGGGCCGGCGGAGGCUCGGCCGCCUCCGCCGCCGCCCGCGCCCGAGGCGAUACCCCCCCCGCCGCCGCAGCCUCCUGUGACCAGCCACCAACCGCUGGCUGUCAUCAGCAGCGCGGAGCUCACCUCUGUGCGACUCAAGACGAUCGCAACCAAAACCCUGUCAGCUCCGCCGCCGGCGCGCUCCGUCAGUCUCCAAUGUAUCCCCAGUGCAGCCGACUUCAGGACAGUGAAGACAGACCUGAUAGAGGAGCUUAAGAUGUCCAAAGACAUUACAGGCAUAAAGAAGAUGAAGGUGGAGCGAGCGCGGCGCGAGAGUUUGCAAGACAAGGAGACGUUCACGGAGUUCACCAAACGCUUCACAGCUGAAAACUUCGUCGAUCAGGGCUUUUCGCAGAUCCCCGAGAGAGACACCGCUGGCAACAUCAUACCGUCGUGGAAGAGGCAGAUGCUGGCGCGGAGAGCUGCGGAGAAAGCGAGGAAGGACUUGGAGAGAGAGCUGGCUGGGGAGGCGGAGAGACGGAGAGCUGCCGCGGUGCCCGCUUGGAAGAGGCAACUGCUGGCUAGACGGGAAGAGGCGGAGAGCCGGUUAAGACAAUCCCUAUACACGCCGAAAGUGGAAGAGACAAAUGACGUAUGCAAACAAAAUGGCGACUGGCGCGCAUACCCCGGCAGCCAGCGCGCGGUGUCCAUAGACAACAUCUCGCUGUGCUACGAGGUGCACUCCGAGCCCGCGCGCGCGCCUUCCGAGGUGAAACUCUCCACGGAACAUUGCAAUGGCCACUCAACAUCCAAUGGACAUCACGAGGAAGUAGAGGAAGAAAAGGCCAAAAUCAUCCCGUGGCGAGCACAAUUGCGUAAAACAAACAGCAAACUUAAUUUACUUGAAUAGGUUAAUUAGUGGUAGGAUCGGUAGAUUGCUAGUGGUAGAAACUGGUAGUUUCUUUAAGUGGCAACAUCGCAAAAUAUAUCUACUAUAUUUUCAUAUGUUGCCCAGUUCUAAAUUUGUACUCGUUAGCUAAUAAUGCUGUUUUGUUAUCUACCCACAAUCACAUGAUUUUUUGAAUUUCGAACCGAUAUUUUAUUCGAAUAACGUGAUUCAAAACAUUUUUCUUUUUUUAAAGAUAAAUAAACUAGUGUUGCUAUUCUACGAGUAAUAAUUUUUAUACCUUGGACAUAUUCUAAUGUGUGAAAAUUAGAUUUAACCUACUUACCAUUAAAUUGAUUGUAAUUUAAAAAUUAGUGAUUAUUAAACAAAGAUUUCUUUGAGAUUUUUAUAUUUUUGUAAUGUAAAAAAACUAUGUAACUAAUUAAGCAAAAAAUGAUAAUUAAAAUACAAUUGUAAAAAUGUAAAUCUUUUUAACAUUUUCAUUUUAAAUAAUUGUUUAAUCGUAAACUUAAAUAAAUUCAGAUUAAAAUUUUCAAUUUCUAACAUCAUAACAUAUUUUAGUGUUUUAAAAAGAGGGAAAUUUUUUUUAAUAUAAUCUUUUUUAGAUUUACAAUACUAAUAUGCAAGUGAUAUAAUUGUUGCAAUAUUAGUUGUAAGCUUAACAGAGGCUUUUGCUGUUACGAUCAUAUACAUAAUAUAAAUACGAUUAUAUAAGUUAUAAAUCAUUACGAAUGUUAAUAAAAACCUGUUGCUUAAAA